GGACUGCGAGCGGCCGGGAGCGCGCUGUGGACUCCGCGGCCGCGAGUAGUUAGUUAGUUGUGUCAGUUGCUCGGUGGCGGCGGCCGCGAUCACCAGUAAGGGGACGGGACAGGCGGCAAUGGUGAUCAUUGCAACGGCGUGUGCUCCCCUCAGGUGUCUGUCUAACCCAAGACUCAUGCUAGAUGGUUCCUGGUGAUCUGUCUUACAAACCUAAGGACUCCCUGAGCUCUGCCUAAUGCUUGGCUGUGGGACUCAGCAUCUGUUCCCAUCAGUUGCUGGGUGAAGUCUCUCUGCUCUCUUUGAUGAAGACUCUGUUAGGUUCCAGUCCCAGAACACUCUACAGGCAGGACAAACUUUAGGAUCGAAGGUGUUGUGCCUGGGUUGGUGUUCAAUCCCUCCACUGGAGAAACACUGGUACCUUUAGAAUACAGGAAUGAGAGGCAAGGAAGAAAGGCCAUUCAUCAUAAGAAGAUUUGAAUCACUUUGAAAUUUUAAAGGAAUGUAACACUUGCUGCUAAACUAUCUUGGUCACCACAAGGAACAAAGUGCUUCAGAGUUAAAUGGAAGUCUUCACUAAACAAAAGGAGGAAAACUAACGACAGCAGAAAAGAAAUAGCAAUUUUAGGCAUAUAAUCGGGUCAUCGAGAUGGCUCAGCAGAUUGAUCAUACUUAGAGGAGCUGCUGUAACCACACAUGAGGUGAAGACUAACAGAUGCAAAUGCAAGUCUUGCUAUGCGCUGAAGAAACCGCAUUGUCUGUGAAGUUCUAUUUUUAAAAAUGUCUGCUUGUAACACCUUUACUGAACACGUUUGGAAACCCGGCGAAUGCAAGAAUUGCUUUAAACCUAAAAGCUUACACCAGCUUCCUCCAGACUCUGAGAAGACACCCAUCACCCAUGGUAAUGUAAAAACUAAUGCCAACCAUAGUAACAACCACCGCGUCAGGAACACCGGGAAUUUCCGGCCCCCUGUGGCAAAGAAACCCACUAUUGCUGUGAAGCCCACUAUGAUGGUAGCAGACGGGCAGAGUGUAUGUGGUGAGCUAAGCAUCCAAGAACACUGUGAGAACAAACCUGUCGUCCUGGGCUGGAACCAAAACAAGACGGCUUUGAGCCAGAAACCACUUAACAACAAUUCUGAAGACGAUGCUGAAGGCUUUGGCCGUGUCCCCCAGCAAUGCAGCAAUAAUGACAGCGCAAAGAAGAUGUCCAACAACAACAACGGACUCACUGAAGUGCUGAAGGAGAUAGUGGGUCUGGAUGUCACGCCUCAGAUGAGAAGAAACGAAACAAACUCCAGAGAAACAUUCCUGGGAAGAAUAAACGAUUGCUACAAACGAUCAUUGGAAAGAAAGAUCCCACCAAGUUGCAUGAUAGGGAGCAUGAAGGAUUCUCAGGGCAAGCACGUGAUUCUGAGUGGGAGCACAGAGGUCAUCAGUAAUGAAGGGGGCAGGUUCUGCUACCCUGAGUUUUCCAGUGGAGAGGAGAGCGAGGAAGACGUGCUUUUCAGCAACAUGGGAGAGGGGCACGAGAGCUGGGACGAGAGCGACGAAGAGCUGCUAGCCAUGGAGAUUCGCAUGAGAGGGCAACCUCGCUUUGCUAACUUCAGGGCUAACACUCUGUCUCCUGUUCGAUUCUUUGUGAGCAAAAAAUGGAAUACGAUCCCGUUACGUAAUAAGUCUCUGCAGAGAAUCUGUGCUGUGGACUAUGAUGACAGCUAUGAUGAAAUACUUAAUGGCUAUGAAGAAAAUUCUGGGGUCUCCUAUGGUCAAGGAAGCAUUCAGAGCAUGGUGUCAUCUGAGUCCACAUCGCCAGAUUCCUCAUUUACAGAGGAGUCACGUUCUGAAACAGCCAGCAGUUUAUCUCAGAAGAUCUGUAAUGGGGGGCUAUCUCCUGGUAACCCAGAAGAGUCUAAAGACAUGGCAGAAACCGAGUCUAGUUAUGAAAGACCUCCUGGUAAGAAUGAGGAGAAGGACUCAUCACUAACUUCCAAAAGCUCAGCAAAAGUUCCAGAGACACACAAAGCAGUCCUCGCUCUCCGCUUAGAGGAGAAGGAUGGCAAAAUUGCAGUACAAACUGAGAAGCCAGAAAACAAAGCCUCUACAGAUAUCGCUGGCCAAGCAGUCACCAUCAGCCUCGUCCCUGUAGAAGAACAGACAAAGCCAUACCGCGUUGUGAAUCUGGAACAGCCGCUGUGUAAGCCAUAUACUGUUGUGGACGUGUCGGCAGCCAUGGCCAGUGAGCACCUUGGGCGCCCCAAGAUAAAAGGCUCAUCCUCUACUCCAAACUCUCCAGUAACAUCACCUGCCUCGGCACCAGGACAAAUGAAUGCCCAUGUCAAAAAAUCCAGUGCAAUCCGAUACCAGGAAGUGUGGACUUCCAGCACCAGUCCACGACAAAAGAUCCCUAAAAUUGAAUUAAGUACUGGGGGAACUGGGCCAAAUGUCCCUCCAAGGAAAAACUGCCAUAAAUCAGCACCUACUUCACCCACAGCUACAAACAUUUCCUCCAAAACCAUCCCUGUUAAGUCACCUAAUUUAUCUGAGAUAAAAUUUAACAGUUACAACAAUGCUGGGAUGCCACCUUUCCCCAUUAUCAUUCAUGAUGAGCCAUCCUAUGCCCGGAGUUCCAAAAACGCUAUUAAAGUUCCCAUUGUUAUUAAUCCAAAUGCGUAUGACAAUCUCGCCAUCUACAAAAGUUUUCUGGGAACAAGUGGAGAACUCUCAGUGAAAGAAAAAACCACAAGCGUAAUAAGCCAUACUUAUGAAGAAAUAGAAACUGACAGCAAGGUGUCUGAUAAUGCCACUAACAAGCUCCCAGACUAUCCCCAAGCCAAAGGCUUUUCCAACAGCACAGAGCGUAAAAGAGGCUCCGUAGCUCAGAAGGUUCAGGAGUUUAACAAUUGUCUCAACAGAGGUCAGUCUUCUCCACAAAGGAGCUAUAGUUCCAGCCACAGCUCCCCAGCAAAAAUCCAGAGACCCAGUCAAGAGCCUGUGGCCAAAACAGAAGGCAUUCAGGAGUCUCAGGUGGCAGGCAGCAGUGGCAGCACCAGGGAGAAAGCAAGCGCUGUGCUUUGUCAGAUUGUGGCUUCUAUCCAGCCCCCCCAGACUCCUCCAGAAGCACCUCAGUCUAGCCCUAAGGCUUGCAGUGUGGAAGAGCUCUACGCUAUUCCUCCUGAUGCAGAUACUGCAAAAGAUAUACCGAAAAGUACACCAGUCCGACCCAAAUCUCUCUUUACAUCUCAGCCUAGUGGGGAAGCGGAGGCACAUCAGACCACAGAAAACCCUACCACUAAAAUUCAGAAAGAUCCACUCGUGAAGCCAAUCACUUCCCCUCCCUCCAAAUUAGUGACCAGUGCCCAAAGUGAGCCACCACCUCCCUUUCCCCCACCACGGUCUACUUCCUCCCCUUACCAUGCAAGUAAUCUUUUGCAGAGGCAUUUCACCAAUUGGACCAAGCCAACCAGUCCUACCAGAUCAACAGAAGCUGAAUCAAUCUUGCAUUCUGAAGGCAGCAGGCGAGCAGCUGAUGCAAAGCCUAAACGUUGGAUAUCAUUUAAAAGCUUCUUCCGCCGUCGGAAAGCAGAUGAAGAAGAAGAGAAGGAGAAGGAGCGAGAGAAAGGGAAGCUGGUGGGCCUGGAUGGAACAGUCAUCCACAUGCUGCCGCCGCCUCCGGUCCAGCGCCAUCACUGGUUCACAGAGACGAAAGGAGAGUCCAAUGAGAAGCCCGCCAUUGUCUUCAUGUACAGGUGUGACCCUGACCAAGGCCAGCUCAGUGUGGAGCAAAGCAAGGCCGGGACAGAGAAAGGAAGAACAGAGGAUGUGUUACUCCAGUACUCAGAAGAGAAGAAAAGCAGCCAUUCUUCUCCAUCUCAGAUCCCUGACAAAGCUUCCAGUCGCGUGACCCAUGAAGUGGCAGAGGAAUUUUCUCCUCAGGAUCCAAAACCUCUGGCUGUGAAGCAAGAUGGCACUUCCGUCACACCAGCUUCGCCCCCGCCUGACCUGGAAAGGGAAGAAGAAAAAGAUGACACUGUGGAUCCUAUAGAUCUGAACUCCUGCAGCGCAACAUAUAGCAAUCUAGGGCAGUCAAGAGCAGCUAUGAUACCUCCCAAGCAUCCACGGCAUCCCAAGGGAGCUUCGGAUGAUGCCAUCACCUUCGGAGAGAAGACAGACCAAGAAGUAUUGAAUGCUUCCCAACCCACGCCACCCCCACUGCCAAAGAAAAUGAUUCGAGCCAAUACAGAGCCGAUCUCCAAAGACCUUCAGAAGACCAUGGAAAGUAGCCUUUGUGUCAUGGCUAAUCCCACCUAUGAUAUUGACCCCAACUGGGAUGCCAGCAGUGCUGGGUCAUCUAUUAGCUGUGAACUCAAAGGACUGGACAUUGAGUCUUACGACUCCUUGGAGAGACCUUUGCACAAAGAGAGACCUGUUCCUUCAGCAGCAAACAGUAUCUCCAGCUUAGCCACUCUCAGUAUUAAGGACAGAUUUUCCAACAGUAUGGAGUCCCUCUCCAGCCGACGUGGUCUCUCCUGUAGACAGGGUCGAAGCAUCCAGAAGCCACAGAGACAAGCACUUUAUCGAGGACUUGAAAAUCGGGAGGAAGUGGUGGGUAAAAUCCGAAGCCUUCAUACAGAUGCCUUGAAGAAAUUGGCUGUUAAAUGUGAAGACCUCUUCAUGGCUGGGCAGAAAGACCAACUCCGCUUUGGAGUGGACAGCUGGUCAGAUUUCAGGCUAACCAGCGACAAACCAUGCUGCGAAGCUGGAGAUGCGGUCUACUACACUGCCUCAUAUGCAAAAGAUCCACUCAAUAACUAUGCCGUCAAGAUCUGUAAGAGCAAAGCUCAGGAAUCUCAGCAGUAUUACCACAGCUUGGCUGUCCGGCAGAGUCUGGCUGUGCAUUUUAACAUCCAGCAGGAUUGUGGCCAUUUCCUUGCUGAAGUCCCUAAUCGUCUGCUUCCCUGGGAGGAUCCUGAUGCUCCUGAAAAGGCAGAGGACGAAACUGAGAACAGUGAGGAGGAGGUAAAAGCAGAAAGCGCCGGGGAAAACCCCCAGCCCUGCUCUGAAACAGAGUCGUCCCAGAAAAAGAACCAGCGAGUCACGAAUAGGAAACAGAGAAGCCAUGUUGUAGUGAUCACCAGGGAGGUUCCCCAUCUCACUGUGGCCGACUUUGUACGAGAUUCCUUGGCCCAUCAUGGGAAAAGCCCUGACCUGUAUGAGAGGCAGGUGUGUCUGCUGCUCUUACAGCUGUGCUCCGGCCUCGAGCAUCUCAAGCCCUACCAUGUCACUCACUGUGAUCUGCGCCUGGAGAACUUGUUGCUUGUCCAGCACCAGCCUGGGGGAGCUGCCCAAGGCCCUUCACCUGCAGAUCCUUGCCCCCCCUCAGCUUGUCCCACAAGGCUCAUCGUGAGCAACUUCUCGCAGGCCAAGCAGAAGAGCCAUCUGGUGGAUCCCCAGAUCCUCCGAGACCAGUCCCGCCUUGCCCCAGAGAUUAUCACAGCCACCCAGUAUAAGAAGUGUGAUGAGUUCCAAACAGGCAUCCUCAUCUACGAAAUGCUGCACCUGCCCAACCCUUUCGAUGAGAACCCAGAGCUGAAGGAGAAAGAGUACACUCGCACAGAUCUGCCUCGCAUCCCCCUCCGCUCACCGUACUCUUGGGGCCUGCAGCAGCUCGCCAGCUGCCUCCUAAACCCCAACCCUUCUGAGCGCAUCCUCAUUUCUGACGCCAAAGGCAUCCUCCAGUGUCUGCUCUGGGGCCCCCGUGAAGAUCUCUUCCAAACCUUCACCACCUCUGCAACCCCAGGACAGAAGAGUGCUCUGCUCCAAAACUGGUUGGACAUCAAGCGAACACUGCUGAUGAUCAAGUUUGCUGAGAAGUCCCUGGACAGAGAGGGGAGCAUCAGCCUCGAGGACUGGCUUUGCGCUCAGUACCUGGCUUUUGCCACCACAGACUCCCUGAGUUACAUUGUGAAAAUCCUGCAACACCGUUAAUGUGGCCUGGAUCUCGUUCUUAUUAUUAAGUAUUUCUACCUUCUUCGUGUUGCCCUCAGGUCCCUGUCCUAUACUCACUCAGAAUUCAGGAAAGGAGAGAAGCUAACCUGCCAUCCUUGUCCACGAGCAGAGGGGGCCAUUCAGCAAGGUCAUCCACAGCUUUACACAGUGAGAAGCCGAGUGUUUCCUUACUGUCCAGAAAUUCCACUGCACAGCCGUGCAGUCACCCUCCCGUGGAACAUUUGUCAUCUGAAUAGUCCCACAAACCUGGGGUCAAGAAGAAAAUGGACCAGCUCCGGCGGAGUGCACUUAGUAAGCUGCGUCCACCUCUUCCAGAACUGAAGCUAGUCUACCUGUCCUCACUAGCUAGCGGCACACAGCCACCAACAUCGGCUGUCCUCCAGGGAUGCCCUCCCAGCAGCUUCCUCUUCCUGUAAAGUACCCAUAGCUGCCUCUUUCCCAGGAGGCAUGCCAUUUUGCUUCUUGGAUCAGUUUUAGUCACUGGGGACUGGCCUGUGUCCUGGCCGAAAGUGAAAGAAGAGGAGAUUCCCGUCUGUUGGAUGGCGGGUCGUCCAUUCGUCCAUUUCCAUUCACUCUUAGUAAAUGUGCACCCUACACAAAGAACAUCCUGACAGCAGCAGCCCCGCCUCCACUGCUUGGCUGGCCUUCACCUUUACUCUGUCCCAACCUGCUGAAGUUUGGGUCUUUCAUCCACUUUUGGGGGCCCAUUACAGAGCUGACCGGAGGUGGUGUCCCCAAUGCCUCAGCAGGAUGGAAUGUAGUUCAGAGUUUAUGAAUAGUUGGCAGGACAUGAGGAAAUAAUGUCCUUGUGUGUGCAAUUCUCCAGGGGCCCUCAGGGAACAGACUUUAAAGUACUGUUCUUUGAUUACUAUCAGACCUAAUGGCACGGCAGCCCGGACUGGUGGUGGCUGAGUCAGUUGUCCCCCACAAGCAGAGACUGGCCGCCUCCCUUCCAUCAGUAGCCAGUAUCAGCUACCCUGCCAGAUGCUGUAGACAGUGGCUCUGAAUAAAAUGGCUGUCCACUUUAGCAUUACCAUUGCCUUAGAAGGCACCUCAGAGCUGGCUGUUGAAAUGGCCAGAAGGCAAGGGAUGAGGGGAAGGCCACUAAGAUGGCUGGCCUGCUCCUAAGAAUGCUAGCCUCUUCCAGAAGGACCGCCUCCCAGAGUGAGUGGCCCACUGCUCCGAAGACUUUGUGGUGGCCUGACGGCUGUGGUAGAUGGCCGAAAGCUGUUCUUGUGGGACCUGUGCUCUCCCAUGAAUUAUGUGCAAUUUUUGUAUGUAUUUUUAAUCUGUAUAUUACAGUGUUUAUGUUGCAACUUUACCUGAGUGAGAACUACAGAAACCUUCCUCUCUUCCCUUGGCACAUACUUGCGCUAAGAAGCGAGUAUUCUUUCCGCCUGUGUGUGUAUGUUCGCUCAUGCACUUGUUGUAUUCAAAACUGUGAGUAUCUGUUUACUUCAACCUCAACAUCCCAAGAGUCACUUGAAUGGUAAGCAUGUACACAUGUGUGCCUGUGUGCACACACAUGCUGGAGGUAGGGACCAGGCCUCCAGGGAAGCAGCCUGUAGCAGAGUUCGCAGACCUGUUCUCUGCACCCUGCCAGUGAGGAACCUGGAGAGCCCUCAUCCACCAGCGCAGAGUCAUCUUAAAGCCAAGACUGAUUGUGCAGUAUUACUUGGGUGGCACCGUAGUGGCCUUGGACAUUUCUAGACUUUUAACAUUUUUAACAGCCUUUCAUGUGAUUCACCCUUAUCAAAGAGAAUCGAAAAAGGAGAAUGUAUUUUAUUAUUCAUUUUUAAAGAGAAUAAUAUGUGUGAGUCUGCAUAGGGAGGAUGGCCUUGUGUUCCUGGCUAGCUCCCCGAACUCCCAGGAAAGAGGGCUAGUUGGCUCACGGAGAGUCUUGGCCCUUCUAGACAGCAUGACCGUGGAGUGGGCAGCCGUGGGUCGUGGUUGCAUCACGCCUAGCCGGCUGGGGUUUGAUUCAUCUUACAUAGCCCAUGUGCACAUAACUCCCCGCCCAAUUAUGCACUGAACUGGCAGAGUGACGACCACUGGCGGGUCAGCUGGCACAGUCCUUCACUCCACACAACAUCUGCAGACUGAGAUAUUUGCUCAGUGUCGCUCUCAUGGUGCCUUGCCCAUGUAAACCCAAACGUUGACUGUGGAAGGAGGUUGCAUAUUUAAUGCAGAAUGUUCCCUAGCCCUCUGUUUGUUCUGUCUGUAGAUACCCUUUUCCUGUUAGCUUCGACCCAGCCUUCUUUCAUGCUGCGGUAAAACAAGCAUGCGCACUUCCGCUGCCACUGCCUCACCGUGCUGGUAAACAGCGCUCUCCCUUCCACGUGAUUCCCUCACCGCGCUGGCAAGCUGAGCACACGUGAUUCCCUCACCGCGCUGGCAAGCUGAGCACACGUGAUUCCCUCACCGCGCUGGCAAGCUGAGCACUCCCCCUUCCACGUGUCUCUCACUGUUCUUAAGUCCACACAAGUGAGAGGCGAAAUAAAAGCCUAGUGACAAGAGAAGGGCCUCAGCUUCCCAGAGACAGGUGGCUGUGUUACCUGUCUCUGGGGAAUCGCCACAGAAUGUGAUGGACAGGAAGAGGAUGUCCUAGGUUAGGUCAGAACAGACAAGGAUUGUAUUUCUAGGCAGAGUCCAUCAGGUGGUCCUCUGAGCAUUUCUCAAAAUAGUGAAAUUCAGUCAGUAUAACUUUAUCAUAGAUUCCCAUUUUAAUUCAUCCGCCGGCUGAAGGGAACUCCUACCCUCUGCAGACACAUACACACAUAUAUACAUACAUAUAUUAUGAAUUUUGGAGUGUCACUGGUCUAGCACUUGAAGUUCUCCUAAGUAACGUCUGUAUUGAGCGGGUUGUUUUUUCUUUUAAAGUCUAUGCCAUAGAUUCUUCCAUUACAUUGAGAGUGUGAACAGCUAAGCCCCUUUGGAGCUUUUCCUUCAGUCGCGUGAACACUGUCUCAGCACGUGUGGACGCUAGAGAAUCAGGACUGUGGCUGGAGCAGGCAGCAGUAAAUGUCUCUCUCAGAGUGCCUUGUUAGCAUAGUAACCUGGCCAUGGAAAUAAGAAGUGUUUCACAGAGAGGCCCAGGCUACCAGCAGCCUCCUGUGCCGCAGAGGAGAGCCCUUUGGGGAUGUGUUCACCCACACAGUGUGCAAAAGUUCACCAUGAAGGACAGCAGUUAGAUGAGCAAACGAGCAACAGAACCCGUGGGGGGCAACAUGAGACUCAUAAGCAUCACCAGCCCCGAGGCUGAGUCAGACUGGCAGGCAGGCCGAUGGCAGUGGCUUCCGGGAUUUGCUCUCAAGAGGUGGGCUGAAUGGGGUCGUGGGGGAUGUGCGCUCCUGCUCCUAAACUGCUGGAGCUGGGGGCCAAGAAGCGCAUCCCUCAGGAGCUAACAGAGCAGCCUCCGGAGCAUCACAGGAGUGCCAGUUCUGCCUUGGAGCUCAGGGUGUAUUCAUGAACGUGGAAAUCUGAGCCUCCAGGAGGAUCCAUGUUUCUAAGAGCAAAGCCUCUGUUGUCACAGAAUCCCAGGAACGAUCUUGACGCCCACGGAGUAGCAGGUCACAGAAGGCUUACACUCAGCUUUUCACGUUUAAUUCAUCCAAUACCGGAAAAUCACCGGGCAUUAGCCGGUGACCUGCCUACUGUCAGGAUUUCCCCAUAGCUUUUACCCAGAGUGAUCCAAAAAGAUACAGGCUAGUCUCAAAAACUGGGGUGGAUUUUGGAGGCAUCAUUGUAUUUCAAGUAAUUCUGGGUAUAUAAAGCACACACAUACACUUGGAAACGGGACAAGAGGAACUCAGCUCGCUGGGCCAGCUCUGGCAUGCUUUUCAUUCCCCUCUCUAGUGGGUAAGGAUUGGGAUUCUGAUCCAGUCUAAUAAGUGAGCAGGAUAGCUGCCCAUAAAACUGGGUUAUUAGAUUUACUUCACUGAAGCUCAUCUUCUCAAAGGCCCAAAGUGCUGCGCUGAGACAGACCCAAGUGCUACCCCUGCGGAAGUGUGCACUGAAGUCCACACUCACAGCAGUGCACGGCCGGAGACCCCACGGCCCCAAACCAGUGCCCCCACAGGAGGUCAGAAGAGCCGUAAUGCAUGAUCUUAGACAGGUUAUACCAAAGAAGUCAAGCCUUUCCAUCCUGCUUCUCAGACGAUGGGGCUGUGCUGUGACCGGUGCCAGAGGAAGGGAAUCUGUACACAUUCCACGACCUGGGUGUUCAACUGUAAGUCAUUCUCAGAAAGAAAGAAAAGAAAAAGCAGUGCAUUUUGCACAUGAGGAGAAAAAGAAGGUGAGGGUGGUGGGAGUAAGGGAGUGGCAGCGGCCAAA